CAUCAUCCCUCCAUCAUUAAUCGGACGUCACUUCCCGGCUGUUGAGCCCGUUUCUUAAUCCCGGCGUGUGCGAGUCUGUGAUAGAGAGCGGACAGCAGAAUGCCGAAAUCAAAGGAGAUUCUUUCUUCAAGCACAUCUGGAAGUGAUUCAGAUGAAGUUGACGAAAAGCCAAAGAGAAAAAAGCAGCCACCACCAGAGAAAGAGAAGCCAACAAAGAAACAGAAGACUGGGGAGAGCUCUAAAGGUUCCGCAUCCUCCAAACAAGGUGAUAAGAGCGGGGAUGAUGAAAACAUGUUCCAGAUCGGAAAAAUGAGGUUCGUUAGUGUUCGGGACUUCAGAGGAAAAGUACUCAUUGAUAUUAGGGAGUAUUUUAUGGACCAAGCAGGAGAAAUGAAACCAGGAAGGAAAGGUAUUUCAUUAAAUCCUGAGCAGUGGAACCAGCUGAAGGAACAAAUGUCUGACAUUGAUGAUGCAAUAAAAAAACUGUAACGUCCAUCCAUUGGCGAAAGAAACCUCAUGUUUUACUUUUAAGCACUCUUUUUACAUUUGAUAUUUUGUUUACUACUUUUUUUUCCUCGUUUGUUUUACAAGCUGUUGUACUUUUUGGAUUGCGAAACGAUUUGUAAGAUGAAGCAUUUUUUUUAAUGUGCAUUAAAACUGAGCAUAUUUGAAAUGCAGUUGAAGCCUCCGUUUCCACUAGAUUACUAACAACUUUUUCUAGCCCCUAAUUUGCUGAUUUUAGGGCCAAUCUGAUUUUGAACUCUACAGAUUUAGGAAUCUGUAUUUCAUUAAGAAAACGCACAAACUCAUGUUAAGUGCUAUGGGUGGGGAAGCCUGCCAUGAAAGGCUGAUUCAUAUAUGGGCCAUCCUGAUUUUCUUUAUUGGGAAGCGAUAGUUCCGUCCAUUAAGAUGAAAGCUUAUCGCAAUUGCAGAGCAUUUGUAGAAAGUUGAGGCUGAGCGCAAUUGUCUGCUUUAUUGUCAUAGAGUUAAUGAGUAUGCUUGGCCUGCACUUUGCUUUUUCUCAGAGCCAUUGUUCCUUUGAUUAGUGUUCAAUGCACAUAUUAAAAUCUCUUAACCUUUUUCGUAGAACGGCUAUGUUUCGUAUCGGUUGCCCUGUGCUAGAGCCAGUGGGAUUUUUUUUUUCUUACGUUUUGCUUUUUCCAAGAAUUCCCCACUACCGCCUGCCCCCACUGUAACGUUUUGUUUAGACUUAGAAAUGUCCCUUGAUGUACAAUGUGGGAAUUGACCUCCCCAGCCACUACAGAUGCAGCAAAGUUUGUCUGAAAUACUAAUUUUUGUAACCUAAUGCAAUAAUGUGUUAAUUACAGUAAUUGUUCAGAUAAGUACGAUAAAAGUGAGCUGCUGUUGUGAA